AUGAUCGCUACACUCCGAGCCGCUCAGAUUACCGCAAACACUAUCAAGACAGAUGCCGACACAGACGGAACAUGGCUCGCAGUAUGGGGCAUGGCUGAGUGCGCCGUCGCCGUAGUCAUCGGCCUAACCCCAUCAUUUGCUGUCCUGGUUCGCGCAGGCCGAAACGCGAUAAGAAAACCUGAUGCGGGUGAGCAAGACGUCCAACUCACUACCAUCGGUGGCUCGGGUGGAUCGGGUAACCGGAAGGAGAACCCAUCAGAGACGUGGCUAGCGAUGGAUGAUAGUAGGGAAGAGCUUGCGACAGCACAUGACGCGGCGUCCGUGACUACGAGUGUACACCUUGAAGAAGGUAGCCUUGGCAUCAGACGGUAG